UUUUAUUUGCUUUCAGUAUUACAUUUUGAGACUUGUGCUAAUGUACAUACUUUGAAAGUUUCUACCGCACGUUAAUUUUAGCAAUAUGAAUUCAAGUUUAGGAAUAUAUUUCAUAGUGAUUUUUGUUACAUACUUUUUUAUAGCAGAAAGUUCAACGGAUUUUUCACGAGAUACAUAUCUGAAUGCUCUUCAGAGCUCUCAUCAAUCUAGUUCGGAUGGCAAUAUUGGAUACAAUUACAUACCUCCCACAAAUAAUAAUUUGCAGCCCUCAAAUGAAAUAUAUGGACCCCCAAGCUCAGUAUAUGGACCCCCUAUGUUUCAUCAACCUGUCAUUUAUCAACCUCGAGACCACUGGUUUUUAGAGAAAUUAAAGAAAAAAAUAAAUUUGUUUACAAUUGGAAAAAUAAUUUUGAAACUGCUGAUUUUUAAAAAAAUUAUCAAAUUUAUUGGAGUUAUUUGUUUGCUCCUAUUUCUUCCGAAAUUAAAACAUUUUCUAAAAGACGAUAUUUCUAUGGAUGAAACCAGUGGAGAAAGCAGAAGUAUUCGAACAGAGAAGGAUGCACUCGAGAAAAAUAUUGAAAAUCUGCAAAAUAUAAUUUUAAGAUCAAUAAAUUAGAACUAGCCUUUAUAAAUAUA